AUGGGCUCCUUCGUGACACUGGCCAUUUACGGCCUAGGAGCGUAUUGUCUUCGCCUUCUAUAUUUGCUCUAUUGCUCUGCUAGACGUCAGCCUGGUCUUCCUCCCGGUCCACCCACUUGGCCGUUUAUCGGAAACAUCCACAUUUUCCCGACGGAGCAACUGCAAUACAAGUUUACAGAAUGGGCAAAAAUAUAUGGCGACAUAUACAGCCUCAAGGUUAUGCAUCUCACCAUUAUCGUGCUCAACAGCCCCACUGCAGUCCGGGACAUAAUCGACAAACGCGGACCAAUCUCAUCAAGUCGUCCUGCCAGUGUGAUGACGGAGAUUGUAACUCCAGACAGCGUGAAUCUAGGAAGCGCCCGCCAUGCCAAUAAAACGUGGAGGACCCUCCGCCGAGCCGCCGUUCACAUGCUGCGACCCGAAAAUAUGGAUGGCUUCAUGCCAUUGCAGCGCGCUGAGGCGGCUCAACUCAUGUGGGAGCUCAGCACGAAUCCAGAUAGCUUCUACGAGGAUAUUUGCCGAUUUACAACCUCUUUUUUUAUGAGUGUCAUCUAUGGAGUUCGCGCGCCGAGAGCUACGUGUCACGCUGCGCGAGAGUUCAGUGAGACGCAAGAGGAGUUCGUGGCCUCAAUGGAGGUUGGGAAAGCGCCACCAGUUGACGUCUUUCCCGUGCUUAACUGGGUGCCACGACGUUUUGCCAACUGGAAACGUCGCGCAUAUAGGCUGAGGACACGACAAGAGGCGCUGUUCUCAUAUUUACAGGACAUUGUAGCCGCACGCAUCGCCCGCGGAGCCCACAACGGCGCGUUCAUGGAAGAGGCCAAAUCACGAGCCGAUGAGUGGGGACUAACACCCCGUUUAUUACUACAUCUCGGCGGCGCUCUCCUGGAAGGGUCGGACACUACCGCCAGCGUGGUCCAAGGUUUUGUGUUGAUACUGAGCGCUUAUCCCGCAGUCCAGAAGUAUGCCCAUCAGGAAAUGGACGCGGUGGUAGGAAUAGAUGAGCCCCCCAAGUUUGACGACCUUCAGCGACUGCCAUACAUGCGAGCGAUCCUGGACGAAUAUCUUCGGUUCAGACCAAUAGCGCCGCUGACGCUUCCCCAUGCAAUGGCGGAGGAUGAUAUGUACAACGGAAUGCUCUUCCCGACAGAUGCUAUAAUAUUCACUAACAUGUGGGCGAUAACGCACGAUGAGAGGUAUUUCGAUGAGCCAGACAAAUUCAUACCCGAGCGUUUUAUGCAUGAUCAAUUUGGUAUCCGCCCUGGCGUUCAAGAUGAUCCCGCGCGCCGUGAAAAUCUCAUGUUCGGUGGGGGGCGCCGCAUAUGUCCCGGAGCAUAUACGGCUCGAAUGCUUCUGGAGAUAAACCUGGCAAAUUUCAUCUGGGCUUUCGAGUUCAGCCCGGGCCUUGACCCUUGCUCCGGACAGGCCAUACCGCCGGACUUGUGGAACUAUAAGAAUGGUAUCAGCCUGGCACCGGAAAAGUUUCGGGCGACAAUUACCGUCCGAUCGCCGGAGAAGAAGGAGAUUAUUCGGCGCCAUUUUGUCGAGCAGUCACCCAUUUUACAGCCCUUUGAGCAGGACCUACAUCCAGAGGAUCUUGACUUUGUUCGUCAUACUCGUAAAUAG